AUAUACACACACACAUGAUUUGUCAAUCAGACUGAAACACACAUACUUUUUUUUAAUUUUCUCUUUUUCUCUUUUUCUUUCUUUUCUCUUUCUUAUUGAAAUGUAUAAUAACACAAGACAAGAACCAGAUAUUUUUGCUAUUUUAUCUCAAGAUGAUCCUGUAGUAGACAUACAAGAUGCUGAACAUAUAGACACAGAUGCUUUAGUGAUGGAUAUAUUUGAUACACCAUACCCAUGGAUGGGACAAGACUAUACCCCAGGUCUUACUCGACAAAAUAAUAACACUAGGCGUCAUUCAGUAGCUGCUGUGAGUGGAGGCAUGGCUGACUUCAAUUUUCGUAUGACCCAUCCAACAAUGAUGGUUGCACCACCACCACCACCUCCUCCUCCUCCUUCCUUAUUAAGAUCACAUUUAACAACAGUGAUGGAAGGUGAAUCCCAUCCUUAUAUGGGUCACCGUGCAUCCAUGCCUAAUAUUUUCAUGUCUGAAGAGAUGCCAUUCAUGCAGAAAUCAAGUUCGAUAUCAGCAAGAACAACACCUACAAACACACCUCCUCCUAUCCAAUUUAAUCCUAUGCCAUGGUCACAACCACCUUGUCGCAAACGAUCUUAUUCAACAGAACUCGAUUCAUUUCCUAUGAUCAGCAGUCGACGUGCGAGUGUGGCUACACCUCAAGACAUCUCUACUUGGCAUCGUAUGGUAGAUGCUCAUCAACCAGAACCCAGUCAAAAAAGAAUACGCACACAAGACGAAGAAGAUUAUCCGAUCAUUACAGAAGCAGAUAUGGAAGCAGCGAAAAAGGAUCCUAAUGCUAUUCCUCGUCGUCAGAAAUUACGAUUCGAUCAAGAUGAAUAUACACCUAAAUGGGUACGCUAUACAGGUCAAUCAAAAGAAGGCUACUGUGAUACAUGUCAACCUGGAAAAUGGCUUCAAUUAAAGAACAGUGCAUUCUGGUACCAUAAACAAUUCUUUCAUGGCAUUUCUUCUGUGUCUGGUAAACCAUUUGAACAACCCUUGCAGAAACAUGCGGGUGAAAACGAUGUGAUUGAAGGUCUUUGUCAUCAAUGCAAGCAAUUUGUGCCUAUCUGUAAUUCAAAACGAAAGAACAGUGUCCUUUGGUUUCGUCAUGCUCAUAAGUGCCAUAUUUAUGAUAAACCAAAGACAAAACAAAGCCAGAAACGUGCAUCCAUGUCUAUUGCUUCACCAUUACAGAAAAUAUAUUGAAUGUUUGUAUUACUCUAAAAAGUUGUCAACAUGAUAGACUUCUUUAAGAUGUUGUUUCUUAUUGUCUUUUUGGACACGUGCUAUCUUGGUUAGAAUAAAUUGAUUUGUGUGCCCAGACUAUAAA